UUCUCCUCCCUUUCUCCUCCUCCUGUGGCUGCUGCUGCUGCCAGACCUCGCCAUUUCAGACCCACCGGGCUGCCCGCCCCUGCGCACUCCUUCGCUGCCAGGGCAGGAGAGCAGCGUGGCCACCCGCAGAAAGUCACGAUGUUGCAAACACUUUUCCUGACUAUGCUGACUCUGGUGCUGGUCAAGUCACAGGACACUGAGGAAACCAUCACAUAUACGCAAUGCACCGACGGCUAUGAGUGGGACCCUGUGAGACAGCAGUGUAAAGAUAUCGAUGAAUGUGACAUUGUCCCAGACGCUUGCAAAGGUGGAAUGAAAUGUGUCAACCACUAUGGAGGAUAUCUCUGCCUUCCUAAAACAGCCCAAAUUAUUGUCAAUAAUGAACAGCCUCAGCAAGAAACACCAGCUGCAGAAGCAUCAUCAGGUGCCACCGCUGGAAGCGUGGCUGCCAGUAGCAUGGCAACCAGUGGUGUGGUGCCUGGAGGUGGUGUCAUGGCCAGUGCUACUGCAGUUGCUGGCCCUGAAGUACAGACUGGCCGAAAUAAUUUUGUCAUCCGGAGGAACCCAGCAGACCCUCGUAUCUCUUCCAACCCUUCCCACCGGAUCCAGUGUGCAGCAGGCUACGAGCAGAGUGAGCAAAAUGUGUGCCAAGAUAUUGAUGAGUGCACCACAGGGACCCACAACUGUAGAGUAGACCAAGUGUGCAUCAACUUACGUGGCACCUUCGCAUGCCAGUGUCUUCCAGGGUAUCAGAAGCGAGGCGAGCAGUGUGUGGAUAUAGAUGAAUGCACCGUGCCUCCAUAUUGCCACCAAAGAUGUGUGAACACGCCAGGUUCCUUCUACUGCCAGUGCAGCCCUGGGUUUCAGCUGGCAGCGAACAACUUCACCUGUGUGGAUAUAAAUGAAUGUGAUGCCAGCAACCAGUGUGCUCAGCAAUGCUACAACAUUCUCGGGUCAUUCAUCUGUCAGUGCAACCAAGGGUACGAACUGAGCAGUGACAGACUCAACUGUGAAGACAUUGAUGAAUGCAGAACCUCAAGCUACCUGUGUCAAUAUCAAUGUGUCAAUGAACCAGGGAAGUUCUCAUGCAUGUGCCCCCAGGGCUACCAAGUGGUGAGAAGCAGAACCUGCCAGGAUAUUAAUGAAUGUGAGACCACUAAUGAAUGCCGAGAAGAUGAAAUGUGCUGGAAUUAUCAUGGUGGCUUCCGUUGUUACCCACGAAACCCGUGUCAAGAUCCCUACAUUCUGACAUCAGAAAACCGGUGUGUUUGCCCCGUCUCAAAUGCGAUGUGCCGAGAACUGCCCCAGUCUAUAGUCUACAAGUACAUGAGCAUCCGAUCUGACAGGUCUGUGCCAUCAGACAUCUUCCAGAUACAGGCCACAACUAUUUAUGCCAACACCAUUAAUACUUUUCGGAUUAAAUCUGGAAAUGAAAAUGGAGAGUUCUACCUACGACAAACAAGCCCUGUGAGUGCAAUGCUUGUGCUUGUGAAGUCACUAUCGGGACCAAGAGAAUACAUCGUGGACCUGGAAAUGCUGACAGUCAGUAGCAUAGGGACCUUCCGCACGAGCUCCGUGUUACGACUGACAAUAAUAGUGGGGCCAUUUUCAUUUUAGCUUUUUAUAGAUUCCACCAUAGGCAUUUAAAUAAGCCAAAGAAUAUUGUUACACUAAAGCACUGUUUUAUUUAUAGAUAUAUCUAGUACAUCUAUAUCCAGACAGUUACACUAUGGUAGGAAGUGGGCAUUUAAUCUGUAAGAUUCAAAGUUUAUCUUUAUCACUGAGUGUAAAUUAGACAUUAAUCCACCAAACAUUCUUCUUGAAGGGAGCUAAGCAUAUAUUAUUUGAAACUUGGAUUCUUUCCUAUAAAAACGGGACCAAGGAAUGAUAUUGUUCUGUGGUGUGUAGAGAAAUAUACAUUUGCACAGACCAUCUCAUGAGGAUUGGCCAUCUUAACACCAAGAGCAAGGAGGAGGGGUUUUUUUUUAACUGCUUUGUAAGAAAAAGGAAAAAAAGUCAAUAAAGAUAUAUUUCUUUAGAAAAUGAGAA